UCAGAACUUGCUGAUGGCAUCAGCGCCAAGUUAGUUCUAAAUAGAAUUCUCAACGUACCGGUGGAACUUACCGCGGGAGAAAUACUUGGAGUAUCCAAAGAACUGUCGGGGUUGCUGGCCGAGUCAAUAAAGCCUAAAACAGUAAGUAGAAAGGAUGUUCACCUGGCGUAUGACGUGCAUAGAGCACAUGAACUUGAGGCCGGAAGCUUCCGAGUGUCGGAAAGUUUCGAAGCGAAGGCAAAGGAAGCAUUAAUAGAAUUGCCGAUUAUGAUCGACGGGUGCAAUCUCAAAGCGGUAAUAGAUACCGGUAGUCAGCUAAAUAUAGUUUCCGAAGACACGUAUGAAAAGUUCAUCAAACUUCCUAUCAAUAGAAGC